GUACUGGACAAGGUAAUAUAAAAGAAUCUUGCCUUUACUUUUUACUGAAAGACAACGUAGCUCUAUCAUUAAAUUGAACCAAAAUGGACAACAACAAAGAUUGUUAUUUGUCUGACACAUUGCCAAAAGACUGGGAACGAGGAAAACUUCUGGGCUGGGGCCAUUUUGGAAAAGUUUAUUUACUGAUAGAUACGGCCAAGCCAGAUGAUGAACUGUAUGUAGUGAAAGAUAUACUAUUAUCUCAGGUCAUACCUAGCAAGGAGAACACGUUGAGAGAAUUCAGGCGAGAAACAGAGAUUCUAUUGAUUCUUAAGAAACAUGUGCGAAUAGUUCCAUUUUUUGGAACUGCAAUAACAGAUACUGUAGCCUCUUUAUUUUUCGGCUAUAUGAAAUUGGGAUCACUUCGCGAGUAUUAUGCAGAUAAAGGACACCUAGAUGAAGUACAAUGUAUUGCCUACGCCAAACAAAUUCUAGAAGGAUUAUGUUAUCUACACGAAAGGCGAAUUAUACACAGAGAUAUCAAAGGUGCCAACAUACUUUUAGAGAAUGAGGAACACUUACGACUAACAGAUUUUGGAAUUUCUAAAAUAGUUGAGCAAACAACGGUCGGUAUAACACUAGAGGUCGGGACAGCCCGAUGGAUGGCUCCAGAAGUUUGUAAUCCUCCCACACAAAACAAAGACUAUGACUUCAAAGCAGACAUUUGGAGUGUAGGGUGUACCAUCGUUGAAAUGAUUACUGGCGGUGUCCCUUAUGGGAAUAUAGAAAGAGAGCAUGCAGUAAUGCUUAAAGUUGGCUCAGGAGAACCACCGACUUGGCCAAACACAAUUUCUCAAGAACUCAGUGACAUUUUAGAUGAAAUGUUCACAGCUAAUCCUAAAAAACGAAAAUCAGCAGAACAGCUUUUGAUAAAACUCAAUACUAUUAUGGAAUUAACUCACGUCGAUACGAAAGAUUGGUUGAUGAGGACAAAACUUAAUCUUCGAGCUGUAAAAAGAAAAGUGUUAGGGACAAAACAAAAGAUUUGUCAAAUUUCGGCGCCAUACAGAAUUAAAACAGCUGUUCAUGUCAACGGACAUAUAUUUAUAUACAGGGUUCUCUCCCUUGUCAUCUCUACUCUAGCCUCUGAUUGGACCAGCCAUCCCCAUCUUGCAUUUUCUAUUUUACAAGUCAGCAUGUUGUUUGUUCUCAACAAAGUGAAAAACGGAAUACCUAAAGGUUAUACAGUUGCGGAGUCGAGUGCUAGUUACGUUUCAACUUUGAAGAGAGGUCUAAAAUAUAUAGCUCUUCAGAUAAAAAAUCACCCAUUUUUAUUUUGUGAGUUGGCAUCUCUCAUUUCCUUUUUUGUUUCUAAGUUGACAAGACACCCAUACAUUGUAUUUAUAUCCUUGAUUACCAUCAUUUUAAAAGUUUUCUACAAUAUAAAAUAUGGUUCUUUACAUUAUGGAUACGACGAAGUUGUUACUAAGGGUCAAACGUGUGGAGGCUCACAUGCAUAUUUAGAACCUCAUUCUGGAAGCGUCACAAGAGUAGCAAGGCCACAUUUCAUAGAAAAUAUUCUACGUUUGACACGAGUGGCCACUCUCAAAGUGCAAGACAUUGCUUUUAAAGGCUAUUUACGAGGGAACCUGGCAGUUCAAUUAUUGUCGGAUGUCUACAUACACAAUGAAUACUUUGAACAACUGGAACUCAGAGAAGAUUUUUUUAGUACUGCACAUAGAAAUGGAUUUGUGUGUCAAGAGAAUUUUUCUCAACAAUAUGUGGACUUAUUUACAGGGCGCAGAGACAACAGAAACCUUUUUGAGUUUAUUCAAUCUGUGGCUGAUCUCACAGUUUCAAUAAACAUAAACGUGUACCAGGAAGAGCGAUAUAAAUAUGUUUAUUGCAAGCCCUCGUUCGGUUUGUUAGGCUUAGAAAAAAGUAUAGAUAUAUUUGGGUCUGGCAUCGUUUAUCGUAUUGAUAGAAGUUGUCAAAAUAUAAAUGUUCAGUUAAGACGAUUCCCAGCCAUGAAAAAUGUUUGUGCAGACAUUUACAUUGCUACAGCUGCACAUUUAGUUCCUGAUCAGUUAGCCUACAGCAUUGCAGAUUGUGUGUUUUUUUUUGACGGUUCAAGUGAUGGGGCAUCUCCCAACUACGUUCAUAAUGUAGUGGAGAUAGUGGAGUAUAAUGCCAAAGACAACUGGUGCUUAUUACGUUUACGGACAUGCAACAUACAACUUAUAGAAAGACUGGAAAAUGUCAUGGAGAAGUUUGAUGCUCUGAGAGUCAAGAUCUAUAACGAAUACAAAGGUUCUCGUGAUGAUGAGAGGUUGAUGUUUUCAGUAUCACAUCCUUACGGUAGCGACAAACAUAUUAGCUUGGGUCGUUGGGAAAGUCUGGAGAUAAAGAAUGACAUCUGGAGUACAUUCACCUAUCAGGCGCCGAUGUUUCCUGGAAGUGCUGGCGCUUACGUUCACAUGCUGGGGUACAGCGGCAGAGUCUGGCACUAUCCACAUUUACACAGAUGUAACAAACAAAGUGGAGCUGGCUAUCAUGUGCAGUAAACAUGACGUCAUAUAAUUAUCAUGAAAUCUGAUUAGAUAAAAAUAAAGUUUUAUAAAAUGAACAAAUAGAAAAUUAUUUUUAUGCAUUAUUAUGGCUUUUUUUCCCUUUUUUUUAAAACGAGCUUUAGAUGUAGUUUUAUUAACUUUGUUUUGUAAGAUUGAUACUCUUCCAACUUGUUAUUUAUUUUUUUGUAACGAUUGCCAGAUUUUACUGUAAGUCAGAUGUACUAUCUCUCACAAAAUGUGAAUCUAACAAAUCACUGCCUCAACUCAAUUAGUACUUGUACCUAAAUUAUAAUACGUUUUAAAAAAAAUAGUAGAAAGUAUUUUUAAUCCCACUUUUUCAAAAACCAAUAUUGCUUAUCAUACAAGUGUUUCUUAUUGUUUAUAUUCUUUUUAUCAUUUAUUACCAAUCAAAAUGUAGUUCAAUGACAUUUUUGAAUUAUUAAUUCUAAAACUCAAACUGACUUCAACUCUUCUGGCUUAAUCAAGCUUUAAUGAUCAUAUUUUUUUAUUUACUUGAAAUAGACGAUGUAUUAUAUUUUUCUGAAAACAAAAAUUUAUAUCACCAAAAAAAGGACUACACAAAUUAAGGCUAAUAAGAACAAUGUCCUCUAUCAGUGUUGACGGAAAAGUCAUGUCAGUGUUUUAUCAUGCCCACAUUUGCAGUACUUUAAAUUUCAACAUCACGGCCAGGUCUGGAAAUAUCAAUAUUAAAUAUAAAAAAAAACUUUAUAAAAUCCUAAAUACAGCUAGUAAGAUGAUUGGCAACAAACAAGACCCAUUAAAACAGCUUUUCAGGAGAAAUAUUUUUAAGAGCAUAACAAAACACCCUCUGGGUCCGGAUUUAAACACUUUACCACCAUCUUACACUUUUUGCUUUAACAUCAUUGAAUUUGUAAAACAAAAAUUUCUAUUGUCAACUUCAAAUAUAAUGUUUUAGAAAAACUCUGCUAUGAUGUUAUUAGUAUCCGUUGCAUGUUUUAACGUGUAAUUCGUUUCUUCAUAUAAUGCUUUAUUAUCUGUAACGUUCAAUUGGGAGACAAAGUUGCUGAAGAAUAGUACAGAUUAGUACUCUUAGUACAAUAGAAGUUUGCUCAUUGUUGUUCUCUGGCACUGCCAGUGUCGAUCUUCGUAAAAAGAAAACUAAACUCAUUAUUAUUUUUUUUUUAUUAUUAUUAUAAAUAUAACUAUUAUAAUCAUGGAAAGGAAUUAUUUAUCAUUGUCUGGCAUUAUUAUUAUUGUUUUUUUAUUGUUAUUAUUAUUUAUUAAAUGUUAUCGGUUUGGUAAAGUUGUGUUAACGAUUUUCUUGUUAUUUAUUAAGUCAUUUCAAAUGUUGCUUUCUAUUGUGAUGUAAGAAAGGAAACAAAACCAAUACAAUUCAACGGUAGGUCAUUCUGUGUAGACUUUGCGAUCAUGAGCUAUGGGAGAAAUUUUACUCUUGACCAACUGAAGGACAGAAGUUGAUCACAGUAAAAAUAACAUUUACACAUUAAUUAAAAGCUCUUGUAUCCAGACCGUAAACCCCUUAGAGUUGGUUGGAUUAAGGGCGCCCUAAAAAUCCCAAAAUUUAAAAUCUCAGUCUUCAAAAUGUCUGUUACUUUUGAAAAUCUUCUUCGAAUAUCGAAUCAUUCUAGCAUCGAACCAUCAACAGGUAUUAUAUUAGUUUCUUUAUGAUUCCAGAAAUGGGGUGUAACAAAAAUAAAACAUAGAUAAAA